UUUGAAUUGAACCGAAUAAGUGAAUUGAGCCCGACCAGAUAUAGAUACCAAUUAAAACCGGAGAGAGAAACAACCAAAAAGCAAAAGCAGCCCAAAUCUCCUCUCCCCAUAGCAGCACCCGCCGCGAUCUCCUUUCCUUCCCCUCCGCUCCCCUCCCCAAUCAGUGUUUCGGCCACCGGUUGUCGACGCCAAGGCAGCGAUUAACGCUCCUAGCGACGGCGAUCUUGACUCCGUCCAUCCCUUCAACGAUCGGAGCCUGCUCCACCCGAAACAAGGCUCUGCGACGCCGCUACCUCCUGUCUACAGUUCUCUCUUUCUCGACUUUCCGGCGAGCUCAAGCAUUUCCGGCAAUUCCCUUUACUCAGAUUAAUUUUCUCAAUAAGAGAUAAAAACCACCGCCUGCUUUCUAGUCUUUGUACUCUAAUCCCCCGUGGUCCAUAAUUAAUCAAUUCCCAUCUUAAAACCGGAAACCCCUCCACAGUCCCAAACGAAAAAUGGCGACCAAGUCAACCACUUUGUGCUCCGUCGUCCAUGCAACGCGCCGCUUCUUCUCUUCCACUGCCAACAACAGCCAUCACAAUAGCCACAAAACAACCCAUAAAUUCUUAGAACCAAACUCUUUUAUUGGAAGCUGGGAAGCACCCAAGAAUCCAAAAGAAGCAGCGGCGAAACUAGCAAGACUGCGAAUAGAGUACGCGAAGCAAGUGAAAGAGCUGCGCAAAGAGUACAUAAAGGAAAUGGAUUUGAUGCGCAUUGAGAAACAGAGAAAAGACGAGGCCAAAAAAGAAGCAAUUAGGGUUGCAAAUGAAGAGCGUAAGAAAUUAAAGGCCGAAGCAGCUAAAGUUAGGGCACAAGAACGUAAAAUUGCUGAAGAAGAGUUUCGCCAAAUGCUAUUGAAAGAAAGAGGCGAGAAGCUUGAAAAUUGGAGGAUGAAAGAAAGAACGAGGGAAGAGAAGAAGAAAAAGAAUAAUGAUCUGUUGCGCCAACAAAGUUCCAUGUGGAUCGAUGAAGAUGUACUGGAGAAAAAGAUACUAGAAGCCGUUGUUGCUGCGACAUCGCUCUGAACUUUUAAAGUUCAUUUUGACCUCUAAAUGUUUAAUCUCCAAAAAUAGGGGUUAGAGAAUUUAAUGUUAAAAAAGAAGAUUUUUGAUUAGUUUACUUCUAUUAAUUGACUUCCAUUUAUAUUUCUUUCAUUCCAUAUUUUUCC